GUCGUGCGUAUAAGUAACUAAGGAGGAAAUAGGUACAAAAUGUGCGGAGAAAUGGGCAAGGCAGUGCUAAGUGCGCUUACUACGGCUAUACUCUGUGGCUUCGUGUCACAUGCUGCUUAUUUACAGCGGUAUGAACCCUACGAGCUUCAAUACGAGCAGGCGGUAGUUCGGAAGCCUCUUCGAGAGCACGAGAAACCUCAGGAUCUCCGCAAUGUGCCCGGCACCCCUGGGGUAGACUACCCCAUUUACCACGAAGUGCCGGAAACCAGCUUCUCCUGUGCCCAUGUGCCGGUGCACCCCGGAAUGUACGCCAAUGUUGAGACUGGGUGUCAGGCCUACCACGUUUGCCACGACGGUCGCGAGGGUCACCAGGGCGCGUCGUUCCUUUGCACCAAUGGAACCUUGUUCGACCAAGCCAAGUUCGCCUGCGACUGGUGGUACAAUGUAGACUGCUCACAGGCCAUCGCUCAUUACAAGUUGAACGCGGAUCCCCUGAAGAAUCCGUACGUGCCGAAGCCGAAGCCUGAACAGCACCUGGAGGAGGUCAUUGCCCACCACCACCAACCACAGUCGCACCUGCCACAACGCUACCCGCACCGCCAAGCCAUAUACUACAGAGAAUAAACAUAUCCAUCCAUCCACUCUUAAAAGAAUAGUGAAUUAGUGACCGAAUUCAAAAGGGUCAUUGACUUUUAGUAAAAGAGCGACUGGCACGUUAUAUAAUGUAUUUUAAAAAGCCUUUUUCUUAUAACAUACUUAAUAUAAACAACCCAUUGCCCAUGUCUCAUUGCUGGGCACAGAGCAAUGCGCCGUUCUCAGGAAUGAUCCCAAAGUGGGAUGGUUUCUGUGGUAAAAACUCUUUAAUAGGCCUUCCCAUUAAAGAGUUUUUACUACUUUUGAUACUGGCUGCUUUUUUUUUCAAAUUGUUCUUUGUUAUAUUCUGAUCCCAUCUGCCUAAAGUCAAGAGUUCUUUUUACAUAAAUUGCGCGUUUUUGCUACCGGCAAUGUUUCCACUUUAGCAAUGGCAUAUCAGAGGCAUAGUCCUCUUGUCAAUCAACCGGCGGAGGAAGUAUGGACCGCACUUUACCACGCUGAUGCAUUGCUGAUUGCUGACAGUUUGUUACAACAAUGAGGCAUACAAUUUAUCAAUCACCUCGUGCCCCCGUGUGCGGUCACGAGUACUAAUAUGUACUCUUUGAAACCAUGUCACAUUAACUUUCUCGGCAAAUUAAACGCAAGUCGCAUUAAAUGUCAAAUAUAAUAGUGCGAGAGGGUUCCAAAUUGGGUACAUGAUAUUGCUGUACAUGUGA